GCACGCAGCCGUCGCCAUCUUUAAAAUUAGAAGGAGGCGUUUGCAGGCAUUGCUGGUGUGCAGCCAGUUAAUUAAACUUGGGCAAAUUUCUACAAAAGUAUUCCAAGCAUGGCUAAUCGAAAUAUGCAACAAGUUAACAUGCAAAGCAACAAUUCUCCUCAACCGGCGAGACGCGGAACCGACUCACCGGCGGCGGAGCAGACAUCGGCGAACAAAGACAGCCCGGCCCCGCCGCCGAGGCAGUCCCCCGUUACUGAACAAAUGGAAGGAGCUGUGGAAGGAAGCGGCGAAGGCCCGACAGAAAUGACCCUAGACAUUACUAGUUUCCGAAAGCCCGGUGAAAAGACGUUCACUCAGCGCUCCCGUCUUUUUGUCGGCAGUCUCCCGCCGGAUAUUCCAGAGGAGGAGUUCAAAAACCUGUUUUCUAAAUAUGGGAACGUCAACGAGGUGUUCAUCAACAGAGAGCGGGGCUUCGGCUUCAUUCGUUUGGAAACCCGAACUGUAGCAGAGAUCGCUAAAGUCGAGCUGGAUGGGACUAUUUUGAAUAAUCGACCAAUCAGAGUCCGCUUUGCCACACACGGUUCUGCGCUCACAGUGCGCAAUCUGCUGCCUGUGGUGACAAAUGAACUGCUGGAACAGGCGUUUUCCCAGUUUGGACCAGUGGAACGGGCUAUUGCUGUGACAGAUGAUCGAGGUCGUCCCACUGGGAGAGGCAUUGUGGAGUUUGCAAGCAAAGUAGCAGCGCGUAAAGCUCUGGAGCGCUGCACCGAGGGAGCACUGUUGCUGACCAC